AUGGCCAGAAGAAUACUACCAGAACUGGAGACAUUUUUAACUAUUGUAGUUCUGCUUGGCUGUUUGCUGUGUGUAGCCAUCUGUGAGACGGGAGACUGCAGGCAACAGGAGUUCAGGGAUCGCUCCGGAAACUGCGUCCUGUGCAAGCAGUGUGGGCCAGGCAUGGAGCUGUCUAAGGAAUGUGGCUUUGGCUACGGGGAGGAUGCACAGUGUGUGACAUGCAGGCCGCACAGGUUCAAGGAAGACUGGGGCUUCCAGAAAUGCAAGCCGUGCCUGGACUGUGCGCUGGUGAACCGCUUCCAGAAGGCCAACUGCUCCGUCACCAGCGAUGCCAUCUGCGGGGACUGCUUGCCAGGGUUUUACAGGAAGACUAAACUGGUUGGAUUUCAAGACAUGGAAUGCGUGCCUUGCGGAGACCCUCCACCUCCUUACGAACCACACUGUACCAGCAAGGUCAACCUCGUGAAGAUUGCGUCCACAGCCUCCAGCCCGCGGGACACGGCCCUGGCCGCCGUCAUCUGCAGCGCCCUGGCCACCGUGCUACUGGCCCUUCUCAUCCUCUGUGUCAUCUACUGCAAGAGACAGUUCAUGGAGAAAAAGCCCAGCUGGUCUCUGAGAUCGCAGGACGUGCAAUACAACGGCUCUGAGCUGUCGUGUUUCGACAGAUCGCGACUCGGCCCGUGUGCUCACAGGGCCUGCUGUCAGUGUCUUCAGGCCACUUACGGACCUGUGCACCUGAUCCCAUCCCUGUGCUGCGACGAGGCUUGCGGUGCCAACCGGGCAGCUCUAGCGUGUGGGCUGCACUCGAAGGCCACCCUGCAGGAGAGAAACGCAGGGCCGGCUGGAGAGACGAUGCCAGCUUUCUUCGGGUCCCCUUCGCUGUCCGUCUGUGGGGAGUUCUCCGACGCCUGGCCUCUGAUGCAGGAGCCCACGGCUGGGGACGGCAUCUCCUUCGCCGGCUCUUAUCCUGAGCUCGCCGGGGGAGACCUUCCCUCUCUGAGCCCAGAAAACGAAAGCUCAACGUCCUUGGAUUCAAACAGUAGUCAGGAUUGGGUCGGCAGAACCGUUGUCAUGGAAACGAGUUCUGAAAGCCGUACAGCAAAUGUGGACUUAUCUAAAUACACGCACACGCCGCCAGAGCCAGCACCUGCUAGAAGCCCGCCGGAGCAGACGGGUGUCCACAGUGGGAACUCUGCCACUCCAAUGCCCCUCCAGCAUUAG